AUGCUUCAGAAGAGCCCAGGAGGCAUCUCCUUUGGGUCUGCGAGGACCAUCCAUUUAGAAACAGCUUUCUCCUUCAAAGGAGGACGCCAGGUUUUGUCUCUUUCCGAAGUUCUCUGGCCAUGCACGCUCUUCGUUAUUCUAGCUGUAGUCCGUUUCCAGGAACCACCAAGACAGAGAGAGAACUGUUAUUUGGAAGCCCGGGAUUUGCCAAGCCGGGGCCUUUACCCUUUCGUUCAGAGCCUCUUUUGCAACGUUGGCUCCAGGUGCAAGAACAGCAGCUAUACUGCUCAGAAAAACAACAGCUUCCGAGCUUCCAGUUCCCAGCGCGAUCGUAACAGCAUAACGGAACCUGACAUGGCCUUUCUGAAAGAUGUCAAGGAACUGAUGCAGGGCAUCUCGGAGACCACCAAGAAAGCAGCUGCUUUGCAGACACUUUGGGAGGAAAGAUCAAAGCUCUUGGAUCCUGAAGGCAGUCCUGUGUUCUUGGGUAUGAAUCUGAAUGAAACUGAGAAAAUGAUCUCUACCAUGGAACACUUCCAUAACCAGCCCUACUUCUGGGACCUGCUGUACUCGCUGCCGUGGCUGCAGAAAGGCAGUCUUUCCCAAGGACACAGGAUCGAGUAUCUAUCAAACCUCCUGCAUACCAUUCAGAAUAUGCGCAUCAUUGCAAACUCCAUAGGGUGCGGAGGUCUUCACUAUAUUCUCUGUCUUGGGGAUAUUGUGUGGAUCCCUUCUGUUAAGACUGAACUUGAAUCACAAUUGGGUUUUGAAAAGAUUUAUAUUGAGAGAAUACUCAAUUCUACAAUGACGUUAAAUAAGAUUCCCACCAAAGAUACACUGGAGCAGCUUGUGUGUUCAGUCCUGAGCGCGGUGUCAGAAGCGGAAUCUGACAAAGGAGACAACAACAAGAGAGACUGUAUCUUCUCACCGUGGCUGGAAGCCCAGACGUAUCUUGUCCAUUCUGUUGACCAGAUCAAGCUCUACACAAAGAUCCAGCUUCUGCAGAGUGCGAUUCAUGGACAACACGGCAUGCCAAUUUCAAUAGCCGACGGAUAUUUGGGCUGGCGAGCGAUAGGAGAGCAGUUGGCUGAGACGAGUGCCAGUUGCAGUGAGAUAAUGAAGUUGCUGAGCAAGACACAGUAUGUGCCGGACGCCUCGUUCAGCUCUUGCCAGGAGCAGCUCCUCCAGUCCCUGUUUUGGGACACUCUUGAUGAAUUGUGGUUUGGGUUUGAGAAGAAGCUCUACUGGAAAGGUUUGUCAACAUUUGUCAGGAGAACAUGUGAGAUGGCUUACUAUGCCAACAAAAGGGAAGGUUUCCUAAGAGGACAACCUGCUUGGGAAGAAAUCCAAACUAGCUUCAUUGAGUUAGAAGAGAUGACUGAACUCCUCAAAAAUGUAUCACAAGAUCAGAAUAUCUUGUCCUGUGCUGAAAUUCUCAAUAAUGUAACCCAGCUAAUGAAAGGGAAUUCUGUGCUGGAUUUCCUAGCAGGCUGGUUAAAGAACAUCAGCAACACUUCAUCUUCACAGAAUUCAACCAGAGUGGGGCAGAUCAUGAAGUUAUUUCAAGAGGCUGAACUUACAGAAGUAAUGCAAGUGCUUCACUUCCUUUCCGAGGUAGUCAAUCUGUUUGAGAGGGCAGCUCCCAAAAACAUGACAGAUGCCCUGAUUGAAGGAUACCAUUUCAUGCUGAAGCAAAGUACAAAUGUGGCAGCACUUUCUACAGAAGACUUAUCCAAGGAAGUUAAUAGCCUCGUGGAAUUAUUAGAGCUAGCCACAGAUAUGCCCCUGGAAUCCGCAAAAGCUUUGAGCUGUCUUGCAGCGGUCAUCUGCUGGAACAUCACAACAAUAAGCUCCUGGGAUGAGCCAGUUUCAAAGGCUUGCCGUGUAGACCCGCAGCAAAAUUCAUCAACUGUGUAUGAAGUGGCUGCUGAGAUGAUUGAACAGCUCCGGACACAAGGAGAAUCGCUGUGCUCUGAUGAACGUUUUCUCAAGGAAGUAACCUACAAAAUGGCCUGCUUCCUUGGCCAUCUUGAAGAGUGGCAUCCGGUUAUCUUAAAACUUUCUGAGAACCACACACUUGACAGCUCGGUCCUGAAUGAAGUCAUGACAUUUUGGACUUUAGCUAGGAACAGAAGUCUAAGGGAGAGUUUGGAGACCCUGUGGCUUGAAACAGAGAGAGGCAUAGAAAACCUGUCAGCAGAUUUUAACGUUAGGCAAUUGCUUUUGCUAAUUGCCAGAGAACUCCAUCUUGGCAGGAAGUUGAAGAAUGUCCAAGUGGCCCACUUGAUUUUGCAGAAUAGUCUGCUUAACGUGAUCCACGAUCUGGCAGCUAAAGAGGAAGAGCUGCAUUCCAAUGACACAGAUGAUCCGAUAAUGGAGUUCAUUGACCUGUUCUUUGAUGACGCCCACUAUGAGAACUAUGGAGAAGACAUUGCCCCGUCCCAAAUACGUUACAGGAACAAAAUGUUUUUCUUACUGAAGGAUUUGCAUAAGGACAUAAUUGCAGAAAUGAGUGUAUUCCCCAGGGAUGAAAUUCUGGCUCUUUUAAAGCUUGAUCACCUGGAUAACUUAAACAAAGAAGUCGAUGAGGUUUCACAAAAUGUCACCUACUCACAUCUUGGGGACUACAUCAAUAGCUUAUUAAACGAAGCAGCUAUUAUGUCGACAAGUGAGGAGCUUCCGUUCGAUGGAGCCAAAGGACUGAUGUUUGCCAGAAAUGUUUUCAACCUUUUGCUCAGAAAUCCUACCGUUAAAAACAUCACCAGAAGUCACAAGGAACUGUUGAGUUUUGUGAACAACUUACUAUACACUGUUCGCAGUGCCGUCGAAGAGAAGAGCUUGAAGGAGGCGGCGGAAAGGCUGCAUUUAAACAAAGGGCAACUGGACAGCUUGGCGGCAGCCUUUCUUGAUUUGACCUCCUUGAUGAUGCCACUCGAUCCAUCCCGCUCGAAGAGGCCCGACGCAGCAACGAUAGAAGGUGGAUUGGUCGAAAGUCUGAGCCAGUUCAGCGAUGCAUUAGAAGAAGACAUUUCUAAGUGUUUGGCGAGUGCACUCAAUUAUUCCAUCAUGCUGGAGAGGCUGGUUGAGGGUGUUGCAGACUCAAUUGCCAACUCUUCCAAAGAGGCUUCGAGUCUAGUGGAAAAUAUACUUGACUUCUUGGUGGCUAUUAAGGGUAUCAUACAAAAACCCAAUUCCAAGCUGAUUUUGACUCAGAACCUGAAACAGGAGAGAGGUGGCGAUGAAGUACAGAAAAUAAUCUCUUACUUGCUUGAGGUGCAGUCAUUGGAACGGGAGGCUUUCGUCAAAGCUGAAGUCCCCGAAGGGUUUUGGUCAAACAGCUCUGAAAAGGAUCCAGAUAGGUGGAUUGCGCUAUUGGAAAGACAAGAUGGCAUUCUGAUGGCCUUUGGUCUCAUGAUGGAGCUGAUUGAUUUCACAUCAGAUUUUAUCGACGGAGACUUGAGCACACUGUCCUUUCUCAGCAGUCCUGUCAUCCAGAAUGCUCACACGGAAAACACAUUGUCGUCUUCCGCUCGAGGGAUCUGUGAAAACUUCGUAUAUCUAAAAAAGAAGCUUUCAGCUACUUUGGCAGAGUUCCAGAGAGGCUUAUACAGCGCCACCAGUAAAAACUGUGAAUGCCGACGUGACUCCGAAAGCAUCCAAAGACACAUGGAAAUGUUAGCAGAAGCCCUACAGGCGCCCGUGGCAGGCAAUCCGCUGAUGGCUUUCCUUCACAACUUCAGCCUGCCCACUGAUGUGAAAAUAAAAGAUUGCAUGCAGAAUACCACCGAGGUGGCCCGAGAGCUCCGGUCUUUAACCAGCAUUUCAGACAAGUCUAUCGAUAUGGUCAUGGAAUCCAGUAUUUCAUAUCCGAAGUUCCUUUCCAAAGCUCUCACAGCCACGUUGGUGGGAAGAUGCGAUGCGGAAGCACUUCGCCCUUUGCUAACGUUUCCCGCAGAAGACGGUGCUGCCGAUGCUGUGAAGGAACUUUGUUCUCUGCCACCCCAGGAAUUAUACACCAUGACUAUACUCCUCCUGCAGAACCUCGAUGUACGUGGUGUCAUUUAUAAGAUCAAACUGCCAUCUGAAGUAGACAAGUUACUCAACAUGCUGUUGGAUGUUGUAUCUAACGUCAGCUCCCUUCUAAAUAAAGCCCAGCGUAUCUUUGAAAAUCUUCCCGCAUUCCUUCAGACAUUGAAAAGCACAUCUAUGCUUGAUAUCUCUUCUUUUCAAUCGAUCUUCCAAAACAGACAACCUAGAAGUCUUGCCGUUGGCUCACUGCAAUCGCUCAUUAAGGGAGUCUGCAAAGAAGACUCUUCGUUCUUCAGCAGUGCAAACAUGUUCAUUGACAUGCCUCGAAUCACUGAAAUCCUGGAGGAGGAUAUGGCGAAAUUCAGCAUCCCCGAAGACUCAACACAGUUUUGCUUGCAGCUCUAUCAGGAAAUUUUACAGUCUCCUAAUGGGGCUUUGAUCUGGACAUUCCUCAAGCCACUGUUACAUGGAAGGAUACUGUAUACUCCCAAUACAAAGAAUAUUAACUUGGUGAUGCAAAAGGCUAAUUGGACAUUUGGUUUUGUUGACAACUUGAAGACUUAUUCGGAGGCUUGGCUUCGGAUGACGGAACUCGUUAAACACAGCGAAAACUUCCUGAUGAUCAGCCAACUGCAGGAGGCACUGCAGAACACUUUCAUAAAGAACUUUGUGGAAAGCCAGCUGGAUUUGGAUGUGGGUGAGCUCAUGGGGAAACUGCAGGUGUACGAGACUGUGAUAGAGAAAAUGCUUAACGACUCAGCAAUGGAGCAGAUCGGCCUCCUGGCCCAGCUCAUGGGCAACCUCUCCGCCUGUCUGCUGCUGGACCGUUUCCAGCCCGUGGAGUCGGUGGAGAAACUGGAAGCGAAAGCACAUGAGCUCAUGCAACAAAAUAAUUUCUUGGCUAGCAUUAUAUUUAAUGUCUCCAGCCAUAAGAGGGGUGGAGCAGAUAUCGUUCAGGAGCUCCCGAAACGCCUCUCGUAUACCAUUCGAACGAGUAUCCUGUACAGCCUGAGAACGGACCUGAUCAAGAAUCCAGUGUGGAAAUCCCAUCCUCAGAACUUGCCGGCUGAUGGUUUCAAGUAUAACCACGUCUUCAUUCCUUUGCAAGAUAUGAUAGAAAGGGCCAUCAUUUCAGUGCACGCUGGAGUAGACACACUGGAUACAGGAAUACAAGUUCAAGCUAUGCCGUAUCCAUGCCAUACCAGUGAUCUAUUCCUGAACAACAUUGGCUUCUUUUUCCCGCUUAUAAUGAUGCUGACGUGGAUGGUGUCUGUGGCAAGCAUGGUCCGGAAGCUUGUUUACGAGAGAGAAAUUCAUCUCGAGGAGUGCUUUCUGUCUACAACUGCCUUUGGGCAAGGAGUGUUUCUCCUGACCUUACUUGAAGGGCAAGAACUAGGAAUUCAGUGGAACAACAUUUACCAGCCCUUGGCAAAAGGAGGACCCAUGACCUUCGGAUGGGCAUGUUGGAUGAUUCUACUUGACUCCAUCAUCUAUUUUAUGAUUGGAUGGUAUUUCAGCAAUAUUAUUCCUGGAAGGUUUGGGUUGAGAAGACCAUGGCAUUUCCCAUUUUCUCUGACUUACUGGAAGAAGAUGUGUGGUGUCAGAAUCAAAAAGCAGUCUUCCUUUAAUCCUGCUCUGUUUUUUGUGAAUGAAAACUUCCAAGCAAUAGGGAUGUGUUCCCUUCGAAAAGACCUGGAGAAGGGUGGCGAGGAAGCAAACCAAGUAGGAGUUCUGCUGAGGUCCCUGACCAAGGAGUACCCGGAGAGCAACAAGACUGCUGUCAAAGACCUCAGCCUGGCUUUCUAUAAAGGGCACAUCACGGCUCUCCUGGGUCCGAAUGGAGCCGGAAAGACAACGGUCAUAUCAAUGUUAACGGGCCUCUUCCCACCUAGCUCUGGCAACAUCAUUGUCAACGGGAAGGACAUGGAGACAGACCUUGCUGCCAUUUGGACCGAGAUGGGAGUAUGUCCUCAGUAUGACGUGCUGUUUGACUCUCUCACGGUUCGAGAACACUUGUGGCUUUAUGGGACCCUGAAGGUCCCUCUCUGGACAAAAGUGCAGCUACAUCAACACGUCACUAGAGCCCUGAAGGAUGUGGGAUUGCUCCGGCAUCAGUCCAAGUAUGUCAGAGCCCUGUCUGGAGGAAUGAAGAGGAGGCUUUCCAUUGCCAUCUCCUUUAUUGGCGACUCGAAGACCGUGGUCCUGGAUGAGCCCACCAGCAGCCUCGACCCAUGUUCACGUCGCAGCAUCUGGGAUAUUCUGCUCAAGUACAAAGAAGGUCGCACCCUGAUCUUUACCACUCAUCAUCUUGACGAAGCAGAAGCCCUGUGCGACCGCAUUGCCAUUCUGCAGCACGGGCAACUGAGUUGCUGUGGUUCUCCUUCGUAUCUCAAAGAAGUGUAUGGCCAGGGACACAGCCUAACCUUCACAAAAAAGCUCUCUGUGUUUGCAUUUGAAGACCCCAGAGAGACCCUUCGCCUGACAGCUCUGGUCCAGGCCUACAUCCCGGAAGCCUUCCUGAAAGAGGACAGUGGCAGUGAGCUGACCUACAUGAUCCCCACCAGGGCUGACAAGGCCGCCUUCAAAGGCCUCUUCCAGGCUUUGGACGAGAAGCUUCAGUACCUCCACGUGACCGGCUACGGCAUUUCUGAUACCACUUUGGAAAAGUGCGUGUCCCGGCGGCGGGUGGCUAAGUCCCCGCGGAGCCGCUCCCUCAGCCGAGCCACCCGCGGAGGUAAUUCGCUCGUGGAGGCCCAAAGCGUUCGCGGAGCAAGGCUGGUUCUCACGCAGAUUGCUGCCCUCCUAAUGAAGCGCCUUCGUCACACCCGGCGAGACUGGAGAGGGACUCUAUCAAAUGUUCUGCUACCUGUCAUCUUUGUUGCCAUGGCGAUGGCCUUGUUUACCGUGAAGCCAUUGGCUAUCGAUUAUCCUUCACUUAAACUGACGCCUGGACUUUACGACAACGCAGAAAGCUUCUUUAGCACACUGCAGGCCUUUGCUCUUCGCCACCAUGUGCUCGCAAAGAAUAUAUGUCGCCAUAUACUCGCAAGGAAUGCGGGGGUGGUGACAUGUCCAGCAUUCAAUAUCUCUGCCCCCUAUAUGAAGAACAAGAAAGGGCAUACCCUGUACAACCUUUCAGCCCUCAACAUUGAAGAGUACUUAAUCAGGCCUCCUAACAAAGCAAGAUUUGGAGGCUGGUCUUUUGGAGAGACACCAGCUACUGAACCACAGAUCGCAAGAGCAAAGAAGCCUCACGAUAAGCUAAUAGCUAAGGCAUGGUAUAAUCAGAAAGGGUUCCACGCAUUGCCCUCGUACUUAAACCAACUCAACAAUCUUAUUCUGUGGAAGAAUCUGCCUUCAAAUGUGGACUGGAAACAGUACGGAAUCACUCUCUACAGUUGUCCAUAUGGAGGAGCAUUGCUAGACGAAGAUAAGAUAAUGGAGAAUGUCCGUCAGUGUGGAGUUGCGCUCUGCAUUGUGUUGGGGUUCUCAAUACUUACCGCCUCCAUUGGAAGCUCCAUCGUGAAAGACAGGGCAUCUGGGGCCAAGCGUCUGCAGCAUAUCUCUGGACUGGGCUACAGGACGUACUGGCUCGCUAACUUUCUCUAUGACAUGCUGUUGUAUUUGGUUCCAGUCAGCCUGUGCAUUGGCGUUAUCACCGUCUUCCAGCUAUCAGCUUUCACUUUCCGCGAGAACUUGGCAGCCACCGCCCUCCUGCUGAUUCUCUUCGGGGAAGUGAUUGGAAGAGCCUGCUCCACCGCG